CACCAAACCUGGCCUAUAUCCUAUAAAUUGAUGGCUUUGGCAGACAUGUGCUGGCAGCUUUUAACCCUUCUACUGUGAGAAGGAUGUGUAGGAGAGAAGCCAGAUUCAGGGUCAGUGGAUGAGCUAUCACCUGUGCAAGUUCAUAUUUGCUUCAUUUCUAGCUCAUCCCAGAUAUAUACAUUCCAUGCUGAACUUAUUGAGGAUUUCCUCACUGGAUUCCACUAUUGCUGGUGCCACCUGGGUCCUCAUAGUAUUUCCUUUUCCUUCUAGUUGUAGGGGAAUAAAGCAUUCCUUUAUUUUCCAAGGGUUGGCUGAGUUAAAUCACAUGAACAUGUGUUCUAUUUCAAAUGUGUUUGAAACUAGGCUUGAUGCCUUAAGGAAUUUUGCUAGGGACAUCUAGAUUUCUUUUUUCUGCACACUUCUUAAGACUCUGCGGCCAGCUAACUCUCAGGCUCCUUUGCUGCACUCAGAUUGCUGGCUUCAGUUAUACAGAGGAAAGACUUGCCACAUUCAAAAAUGCUUUCCCUGGAAUUGAAAUGAGUUUGCGAAAGGUAGGGCUUGAAGUAACCCAUAGGAUUACAUUUUAUUCUCAGUCUUGUACAUCUUAUUUACCUUGUUGGAAAGCAUUAUUUCUCUUUAUCUUUCAAGGUGACCCAAAAGCAUCCAAAACCAGGUUUCCAAGAAUUAUAGCCUGUGUCCUCUAAUGAAAUGCCAACAUUCACUCUCUUUAAAAGUAAAAAUAUCAAGAUUAUGUAGUCAUUAAAAAGAAUAAGUUUGAACUAAGUGUUCUAAGAUUUGAUGUCUAUGAUGAGUGGAAUGGAAAAAGCAAGUCAUAACAGUAAGUAUAUGAUUCUAUUUAAAAUACUUACAUUUGCCUGUGUGUAAAAGGCAAAGAUCUGGAUUGAGCACACGGUGGUUAACUGGGGAGUGGGACUGUGGUGUGUACAGAGGGCGAGGAAGGGGCUUGCACUUGUUCCUUAACUCAUUUCUGAAUUGUUCUGAAUUGUCUAGAUUAUUCACUGAGUUAGUAGUGCUUAAAAAUUAAUUAGAAGACAUCACACACAUUCACCGAGAAUCCUUAUUAAUCUUUACUGCAUUUAAAGUCUGGAAACGGUUACAUUCUCAGUUUGACUGGUUUCAUGCAGUGUUCAAUUGCUUCACCUGACAUUCCUCGGGUAUCAGGUUCUGUGCCAGGCACGGAGGCUACUAAGAUGAAUAACACCUGGUCCAUGACAGGAUGGCAUCUACCCCAGAACACAGGUAAGAGAGACAGUGAAUUUGGUAAAAAUGGGCACCGUCAUCAGUAGGCAUACAUCAGCUCCCUCAUUUGAUUCACAAUUGGCCUUCUGCAGGCUUCAUCUCUUGGCAAUGCAAUUGGCAGGCGUCAUCCUUUUAUACUUAAACUCCAAAUUUAGGAUUAAGACUCCAGUUAUUACUGCCAAGUACAGAAGGCGUCCUUGGGGAAAGAGAAGUCUCCUGAGCAUACCCACUGGGGUACCUAGAAUAGAUUUUGCAGCGACACACAGAUCCUGUGUUGUCUGGAGUCUCUGCUGAGUAAUGUAGAUUCUGGGACAGCAAAAGGGAAGCUGGUGAUUUUGAACCAAAUUUUACCUUUCAACUGAAUCCAGGGGAAUAAUUUGCAACAGAGUGGCAGAUGAUACAAAGUGCUAUGUUGAACACUAGAUUGUGCUUUAUUUUUUCCGCCCAACUUCACGUUUCCAUGCACCACAAUGUUGAUGCUAUAAAUAUUGGAUGCCACGCUUACCUGACAGGCUUCUUCCAUCCCACCUGGGCGCGGGGGCUCAGAGCGAGCGCGAGAGCCGCGGCUGGAGCCCGCCUCUCGCGGCUGGAGAGGACUCAGCCGGCCGCGGGUUCUGCUGCUUGCCCGGGUGCCCUAGUCGCUUCCCCGCCAGGGCUCCCGCAGUCAGCCCCACGCGCGCACGCGCGCUCACCUCGGGCGGCCUCGACGCCUCAGGGCUUCGGCAGAGAUGCGACUGGCCGGCUCCAGCUGGCAGGGCGGUGAGCGAGUGCUCGCGGCCACGUGACCGACGCCAACAUGGCGGCGCCCAGCGGCGUCCACCUGCUCGUCCGCAGAGGUUCUCAUAGAAUUUUCUCUUCACCACUCAAUCAUAUCUACUUACACAAGCAGUCAAGCCGUCAACAAAGAAGAAAUUUCUUUUUUCGGAGACAAAGAGAUAUUUCACACAGUAUAGUUUUGCCGGCUGCAGUUUCUUCAGCUCAUCCGGUUCCUAAGCACAUAAAGAAGCCAGACUAUGUGACGACAGGCAUUGUACCAGACUGGGGAGACAGCAUAGAAGUUAAGAAUGAAGAUCAGAUCCAAGGGCUUCAUCAGGCUUGUCAGCUGGCCCGCCACGUCCUCCUCUUGGCUGGGAAGAGUUUAAAGGUUGACAUGACAACUGAAGAGAUAGAUGCUCUUGUUCAUCGGGAAAUCAUCAGUCAUAAUGCCUAUCCCUCACCUCUAGGCUAUGGAGGUUUUCCAAAAUCUGUUUGUACCUCUGUAAACAACGUGCUCUGUCAUGGUAUUCCUGACAGUCGACCUCUUCAGGAUGGAGAUAUUAUCAACAUUGAUGUCACAGUCUAUUACAAUGGCUACCAUGGAGACACCUCUGAAACAUUUUUGGUGGGCAAUGUGGACGAAUGUGGUAAAAAGUUAGUGGAGGUUGCCAGGAGGUGUAGAGAUGAAGCAAUUGCAGGUUGCAGAGCAGGGGCUCCCUUCUCUGUAAUUGGAAACACAAUCAGCCACAUAACUAAUCAGAAUGGUUUGCAAGUCUGUCCACAUUUUGUGGGACAUGGAAUAGGAUCUUACUUUCAUGGACAUCCAGAAAUUUGGCAUCAUGCAAAUGACAAUGAUCUACCCAUGGAGGAGGGCAUGGCAUUCACUAUAGAGCCAAUCAUCACGGAGGGAUCCCCUGAAUUUAAAGUCCUGGAGGAUGCAUGGACUAUAGUCUCCCUAGACAAUCAAAGGUCGGCCCAGUUCGAGCACACGGUUCUCAUCACGUCGAGGGGCGCGCAGAUCCUGACCAAACUGCCCCAUGAGGCCUGAGGAGUCGCCCGAAGGUCGCGGUGACCGGGUGCCUUUUUAAAUAAAUUGCUGAAAUCUGGCUAGAGAACUUUUAGAAGAAACAGGGGAAUGACCGGUCAUGCGAUAACCUACGUGGCACCUAAUAGCAUCUUGGAAAAACCCGGGCGGAGUGGGGGGACUGGAGGGCAACUGGGAACUCGGAUCUGAAGCCCUGCCGGGGUUGUGCGGCUAUGGAAAAACAAAUCCUGGCCUUGGACUCGGUUUCCCAGCGCGGUCAACGCAUCUGGAGGGGACUGGAGGAAACCCCUUCGUCUGGAAGAUGAGAGAUUCCAAGAGAAGCACGGUUUUCUCUUUCCCUUGUCCUGACUGUUCCAGUAAAAAACCUCUUAAAUCCAUUGUGUCUGAGGUCCUUACCUCUCUGACAGUUACGGUGAUCUUUGUGUCUGAAUUUUGCACGUCUGCCGAAAAACCCCAACCUGUUGACAGGGAUUUUUAAAAAUCCGUUUUUCCCUCUUGUGUAUCCCACAUUGGCCGGCCCCAAGGAUGCUCGCGGAAGCCAGUCCCCAACUCCAGCCCUUCCGUAUCUUUCCCCUCCAUCGCGGCUUUGCGAUAAAAGAUUAGCCUGCGAACAGAGGCAUUGAUUACAAACAUGUCCUUGGCAGUGGA